UCGGAUGUGACGUACAUUCCGGCCGCCAACACGGACAGUUCGCGGUAAAAUGAAACAGGCUUUAGAAGUCGAUCAGUUUUGUUUCGUGUUUGAUGUCUAACAGCUAACCUUUGCAUAACUACCGUAGCUGGUAUUUAGAAGUCGUUUAGUUAAAACAGUAGUAUCUCCGGUAUUGUUGCGAAGUGAGAGUAUAGCUGACGUUAGCCGCUAUCAUCAAAAACGUAGUAACUACAACAGAAAAUCAUGUCGGUAGUAACUGCAGAGAGUUUAAAGUCAGAGCUGGAAGUGUUCACUAUACCCUACCAAGAUGAAUCCGUCCUGGACAAAAUGGUGGAACAGUGUAUUUGUCACCAGAUGCAGGCAGAUGAAAUGGUGCUGCAGUGGGUGGCCUACAGCAGUCCGAAAGGGCUUAAGCUUACCAUGGACGCCCUGGAGCAGUUUGAACAUGAGGUUUUGAAGAAGAAGAUCAAAUCCAGAAAAAGCUCCCAAAAUGAAGAAGCUCAUAACAGAAACAGAAACAUUUACACAGUAAAUGAUUUAAUAAAAGCUGAGGAAGAGCAGGAGGAUCUCUUAGAUUCCUACUCCACUCCUGCUAAGGGUUCUCAGAAGCGACCUCUAACCACACCAGAACGUCCUCAUUCAAAGAGGGCUGCAGCUCUGAUGACCAGCCCAGGCAUACUGCUGUCUCCAGCCAGCUUCUCUCCCAAUGCGACACCCUCACAGAAGUACAGCCAGCGGGGAGGAAAAGGGGAGGUGGUGGUCACGUUUGGGGCUGUGCAGGGCACCCGCUGGGUGGGCAGGAAAGAUCCAGGUGCAGGCAUCCAAGUUGAGCUACUGGAAGGAGCCGAAGACUCCCUUCACACCAGCUACAAAUACAUGUUCCAGAGGCUACGAGAUGUUCGAAAUGUGUUGACAGAGAAGAUUGAGGAGCUGGGUGAAGGCCUCAGGACACACUUCAGCAUUGAGGAGUUCUCCCCCGUCUCUCUGCCUGCUCAGGACAGUAUAACUGUGCUGGGGCAGAUUUGCUGUGACAGUAAUGGCAAACUGAAUGCACAGUCAGUUCUGCUGGAAGCCGGACCAGAGCAAGGCGGUCAGCAAGUUCCUGUUGACUUAUGCGUGCUCAAAGAGUAUUCCUUCUUUCCCGGUCAGGUGGUUGUGAUGGAGGGCACGAACGCUUCGGGAAGAAAACUGGUUGCAUCCAAACUCUAUGAGGCUGUUCCGCUGCCUUUCUACAGUUCUAACAUGAAAAUGGAGACAGAUGAAGAGCCAUUGAAUGUGCUGGUGGCUUGUGGACCCUACACUCCCUCUGACAGCCUGACUUUUGACCCUUUGCUGGACUUAAUCAAUGUUAUUGUCCGGGAUCGUCCUGACGUUUGCCUGCUGCUGGGCCCAUUUGUGGAUUCCAGACAUGAACAAAUUGAGAAAGCCCAAGUCACUGAGACUUUUGAGACCAUUUUCUCCAGAUGUAUUGAAAGCAUCGUGGAUGGGACCAGAAGUGUUGGCUGUCGGUUGGUGUUUGUGCCCUCUCAGAGAGACAUCAACCACCAUUUCAUCUACCCUCAGCCUCCAUUCACCCUGCCACAGCUCAGCAAGGACCAGGCCCAGCGUGUCACCCUGGUCCCUGACCCCUGCACCCUGCUGAUCGAUGGUGUGACUUUUGGCUUGACAUCCACUGACAUCCUGUUCCACAUGGGUGCAGAGGAAAUCAGCUGUGGAACUGGCUCAGACAGAUUCUCACGCAUACUGAAGCACAUGCUGACUCAGCGAAGUUACUACCCACUGUACCCACCUGCAGAGGAGGUAAAUGUGGAUUAUGAGAAGUUCCAGAGCUUCGGCCAAAUGCCGCUCACCCCUGACGUCCUCGUUGUUCCCUCUGAAAUGCGCUACUUUGUAAAGGACGUAGUCGGCUGUGUGUGUGUCAACCCUGGGCGGCUGACCAAAGGCCAGGUGGGCGGAACCUACGGGCGGCUGCUAAUUCAGUGCAGCCCUCAGGCAGAAGAUGGGAAGAGAGUGAGCCCUUGUUUGGCUGCUCAGGUGGUGAAAAUCUAACAGGAGUAAAGACUUCAACUUCUAAUUGUCACCAGAAAUUAGCUGGUUUAACCAGCACUAGUUGUGCUCUAUUCUGCAGGCAUGCUGAUGGAAAAACAGUUUAAAAAAUAUAUUUUGUAUAUUGAUUUAUUUUUAUGCCAAAAACAUGUUGAAGUGUAUUGUGGUGUCACAAUUUGCGGAUUAUCAGUCAAAUACA